GUGAUGCGCUUAACCGGCAGAAAUUCCAGAUUUUUUAGCAAAAUUCGAGAAACUUUGAAGAAACUUCGCUGUUUUUAAGGACGCUAUGAGGAGCGUCGGUUGGUUGCUAGUGGUCUGCCUGUGGCCGAGUGUGGCCCUGGGCCAGGAAACGAAGAAAAACAAAGUAAAUUUCCUGCAACCGGAUCGCCCCGUGCGGUACACGCCGGACGAAUGGAGCAUCUAUCGGCCCGGACUGGUGGUGUACUGCCACCACGGACAGGAGGAAACUCCGCUGAACGCCUUUCUGACCGUGACGCUGAGACUGGAUUGCGAUCAUGAAGAUUUUAACCAAUAUCCGGGCAACACACCGGCGGAGGUGGAGAAACACUGGCAGGAUGACCAGAGUCUGUUCAGCUUCAAUCUGUUUGCCUCGAAGAAGCGACGACUCGUCGAGCUGGAUCCGUUCAACCAGAGCUGCCUCGGAAUUGUGUCGUCGGGAAACUACGAGAUGACGCUGCUGUUGAACCGCUUUGAUGUGUGGCGCGUCGGAAUGCUGUUUUUCGGAGCGCUCAUAUUCUUCACUGCCCACGCACUGAGCCAGAACUCGCUGUUCUACUACUUCGGCGGCGUCGUACUCGGUGUGGCAUCGUCCGCCCUGAUCAUCGUGUACUUCUUCAGUAAACUGCUACCGUAUCGGCCCCUCAUGUACGGUGUGAUGCUCGGCGGAUGGACACUCGGCAUCUGUGGACUGCAGAUGCUGUACGAGAACAUGCGCGUCAUCUUCGUGGUGUACCGGCAUUACGUGUUCUGGUAUAUCCUGGUGGUGGGCUUCUUCACCUUCCUCGUUUGCUACCGGAUGGGUCCACCACGGAAUCCGCGGAGCAAACAAGUGAUCCAGUGGGCAUUGCAGUUGAUGGCUCUUGCCCUCAUGUUUUUCUCCACCUACCAGCGCACGCUGGCUGCGUGCAUCGUGACAGUGGCCACCACCGGGUACUUCCUGUCCGUGCCGAUUGCUGUGGGCCGAUGGUUACUCAACAAGUACUAUCGUCUGUUUCCGGCCAAGCGCCGACUGCUCACGUUGGAGGAGUUCGAGCAGCAAGGCAUUGUCGAAACGGCCAAAGCACUAAACCAGCUGCGGGAGUACUGUCGCAGUCCGGAUUGCAAGCAGUGGAAAACGGUGCUGAGGCUGCAGGAACCGAUACGCUUCGCGUCCUUUAUCGAGGGAUCGAACCACCUGCUGGACGAAGAAAUCUCCGAGUACGAGGCUCGCUCGUCGUGUGACGAUAUAUCGAUAUCGGAGGAUGAGCUCGAUGAGAGCAUCCCUUCGUCGUAAUGCCAUAGUCGCGAACCCUCAACCCUCCGAAACCAUGGCUUCUUGUACAUUAAUGGAGUAGUGUACUGCCUUUUGUGACUUGUAAAUAAACCGAACACCGUUUUCAAUCGUAGGAAGCGGCUUUACUCAUACGGUCGCUUCAUCGUCGCGGUUACAUUUCAACAUCCCACUCACAACAUUUCACCCAAAUAUACAAGCCAAGGCAACCAUAAUGGCAUAAAGACUGAAUAAUACAGCAACCAUUGCGCUCCACCAAGCCUACUCAAACGCGUAAUGUUUGCUUUCUGUUCUUGAAUAAAAAUUUCACUCGU